AUGCGCUCAUUAAGCUUGGUCGAUCGUGUAUUUUUUAAAGAUAUCUAUACCAGCAACUCACGUAAUCUCUGCUUAUACGAUGUGGACAAUGAUGGGGAUAAUGAAUUGAUAAUUGGCUCUUGGGAUUCUGGACCCUUACUGGAAAAUGGAGAAGCCAAUGCAGCAAAUAGUGAGGGUUCCGUCCACGUGCUAAAGUAUAGGAAGGUAUGGAAGGCAUCUUAUCAUCUUGGCAUGGUUUCGUGUGUUACGGCAGGUAGUAUAUACAGACCCGAUGAAACAUGGAUCAUAGCUUUGUGCGCUGAUUCACAUUGCUAUGCAUUUGAUGCUUGUGCUCUCGCUCCAGAAUCUGAAAAUAUUUCAAGUAAAUCUAAACAAAAAGUUAACGUUCAUGGUUCUUCAAAGCCUGAUCAAACUAUCAAAGCAGAAAUUGAUACAUUAAAAAUGGUUCAUCAUCAAGAAUUAGCUUACAAUGCCAAAGAUGUCUGUAUAUUUAAUGAAGGAGAAAUUGCAGUAGCUCAUUCUGAUCGUGUUGUUCGAUUAUAUUCAUGGUGUUCAUUUAAACCAACUGAUGAUAAAUCUAAAACAUCAUCAAAUAAAGUAUCAAAUUUAGGAGAAUUUAUCCUAUUAAUAAAAUGGGAAUUAGCUGGUCAGGUCAACCGAAUCGAUACAUGCCUAACACAGGAAUAUGGUCUUAUUCUUAUUGCUUCACAGCCAAGUGGAGGAUUUGCACAUUUACAUCGAAAAUUUGAAAAAUAUCACGAUAUAGUUGCACCAACAUUAACCUAUUAUCCUCCACGUGUAACAAGUUCUAAUAAUUUAGAAACACGUACAUGGCUUAUUGGUAAUGUGAAACAUUCAAAUUGUCAUAAUAAUAACAAUACUACUACUACUACUACUACUACUACUAUUAACUCAAAUAAGAGAUCAUGUUUACUUUGUUUAUGUACGGCUGAUGGAAAUAUGCGACUUGUCGAUCCAACAAUACAUGGUAAUGAUAAUGAGGAAUUAAUUAUAUGGUCAAUUCAAGUGCAUACACGUAGUGAAUUAUUUGCUUUGUGUAAAAUGAAAUUAACUAAAGAUGAUGGUGAUCAAUUAGUUGUUUGUUCAUGGGAUGGUACUACAUAUAUAUUUGAUAUAAAUAAUAAUUCAUUAUGUUUUCCAUUAGGACGUUCAUGUCAAGCAUUUACAGCUGGUUUAUAUGCUAUAGAACCUGGUCGAAAUUCACCUGUAUUAAUCUAUUCAACAUUUGAUCGUAAUACAUUAAUUUAUUAUAAUUUAUGCUUAAAUAAUGUUGCUGCACAAAGUUUACAUAGUACAAUAUUAAAUGAUCAUAUAUUAGUGAAGAAAUUCCAAUCAAAAAAUGUUGAUCCAUAUGACUCUGCACAAUUAUCCAAAGCACUUCAUUAUAUCUUAUACGAUUUACCUAAACAAGAAACUCAUCCAUUACAAUGA